AUGAUCACUCCUCGUCUCUCUUCGGCGUCGUCGCUCCUCCGCGGCGUUCGCACCUACGCGUCCGUCCAGGGCAACAUUGGCGCUACCCAGGUGCCCAUGUCCAACCUCGAGAAGGGCAAGUUCAUCAACUACCAGCGCAUUGAGGACAACCUCCAGAUUGUCCGCAACCGCCUCAACGCCCCCCUCACCCUCGCCGAGAAGAUCGUCUACGGUCACCUCGACGACCCGCACCACCAGGAGAUUGCCCGUGGCGCGUCGUACCUCAAGCUGCGCCCCGACCGUGUUGCCUGCCAGGAUGCCACCGCCCAGAUGGCCAUCCUCCAGUUCAUGUCGGCUGGCCUCCCCCAGACCGCCGUCCCCACCUCGGUCCACUGCGACCACCUUAUCCAGGCCCAGGUCUCUGGUGUCCCCGACCUUAAGCGCGCUAUCGACAUGAACAAGGAGGUCUACGACUUCCUUGCCACUGCCUGCGCCAAGUACGGCAUCGGCUUCUGGAAGCCGGGAUCUGGUAUCAUCCACCAGAUCAUCCUUGAGAACUACGCCAUCCCGGGUCUCAUGAUGAUCGGUACCGACUCGCACACCCCCAACGCUGGUGGUCUCGGCAUGGUUGCCUGCGGUGUCGGUGGUGCCGACGCCGUCGACGUCAUGGCCGGCAUCCCUUGGGAGCUCAAGUGCCCCAAGGUCAUUGGCGUUAACCUCACCGGCAAGAUGUCGGGCUGGACUACCCCCAAGGACGUUAUCCUCAAGGUCGCUGGUAUCCUCACCGUCAAGGGUGGCACUGGCGCCAUCAUCGAGUACACCGGCCCCGGUGUCGAUAACCUCUCGUGCACUGGUAUGGCUACCAUCUGCAACAUGGGUGCCGAGAUUGGUGCCACCACCUCGCUCUUCCCCUACAACGAGCGCAUGGCCGACUACCUCCGUGCCACCAACCGUGGCCAGGCCGCCGAGUACGCCAACGCCUUCAAGCACAACCUCACCCCCGACGCCGGCGCCGAGUACGACCAGCACAUUACCAUCAACCUUGACGAGCUCGAGCCCCACAUCAACGGCCCCUUCACCCCCGACCUCGCCACCCCCAUCUCCAAGUUCGCCGAGGCUGUCAAGGCCAACGGCUGGCCCGAGGAGCUCAAGGUCGGCCUCAUCGGUUCGUGCACCAACUCGUCGUACGAGGACAUGUCUCGCUCGGCCUCGAUUGCCGACGAGGCUGCCGCCCACGGCCUCAAGGCCAAGUCGCUCUUCACCAUCACCCCCGGUUCGGAGCAGGUUCGCGCCACCAUUGCCCGUGACGGCUUUGUCGACACCUUUGAGGGUGUCGGCGGUGUUGUUCUUGCCAACGCCUGUGGCCCCUGCAUUGGCCAGUGGGACCGCCAGGACGUGAAGAAGGGCGAGAAGAACUCGAUCAUCACCUCGUACAACCGUAACUUCACCGGCCGUAACGACGCCAACCCCGCUACUCACGCCUUUGUCGCCUCGCCCGACCUUGUCACCGCCAUGGUCUUUGCCGGUGACCUCACCUUCAACCCCAUGACCGACUCGCUCAAGGGCGCCGACGGCAAGGAGUUCAAGUUUGCUGAGCCCCGUGGCCUCGAGCUUCCCCCCAAGGGCUACGACCCGGGAGAGAACACCUUCCAGGCUCCCCCCGCCGACGGCUCGCAGGUCAACGUCGCUGUCUCGCCCACUUCGGACCGUCUCCAGGUCCUCAAGCCCUUCACCGCCUGGGACGGCAAGGACAUUGUCGACGCCCCCGUCCUCAUCAAGGCUCAGGGCAAGUGCACCACCGACCACAUCUCUGCUGGUGGCCCUUGGCUCAAGUACCGUGGGCACCUCGAGAACAUCUCGCAGAACUGCCUGAUUGGCGCCAUCAACGCCGACAACGGCGAGGCCAACAAGGUUCUCAACCAGAUGACCGGCGAGUUUGGCGCCGUCCCCACUGUCGGCGCUGCCUACCGUGACGCUGGCAUCCCAUGGGUUGUUGUCGGUGACGAGAACUACGGUGAGGGUUCGUCGCGUGAGCACGCCGCUCUUGAGCCCCGUUUCCUCGGUGGCCGUGCCGUUAUUGUCCGCUCGUUCGCCCGUAUCCACGAGACCAACCUCAAGAAGCAGGGUAUGCUUCCCCUCUGGUUCAAGGACCCCAAGGACUACGACCUCAUCUCGGGCUCUGACAAGCUCUCGAUUGUUGGCCUCGCCGACUUCAAGCCCGGGCAGGAGAUCACCGUCAAGGGCAAGCGCGCCGACGGCUCGGAGUACUCGUUCCAGACCACCAACACCAUCAACGAGGGUCAGUGGGCUUGGUUCGAGGCCGGCUCGGCUCUCAACAAGAUGAAGAAGGACGCCGGCAACUAA